AUGGGUGCUUCUCAUCAUCAUCUUUCACUUGUUUCCACGGAUGCUCUUCGGCUUUUGUCUUUCAGCUGUUUAUGUCUCUGGCCAGGACUACUCGUGUUUGCCUCUACAAGGCACUACGAAUUCCAUAUCAAAUUACAAAACGUAACGAGAUUGUGCCACACCAAGAGCAUUAUAACUGCAAACGGUCGGUUUCCAGGUCCUCGGAUUGUCGCAAGGGAAGGUGACCGGGUACUUAUUAAAGUGGUUAGCCAUGUUCAAAACAAUGUAUCCCUGCAUUGGCAUGGAAUUCGACAGCUUCAGAGUGGAUGGGCAGAUGGACCGGCGUAUGUGACCCAAUGCCCCAUACAAACAGGGCAGUCCUACGUUUACAAUUUCAGCAUCACAGGGCAGAGAGGGACAUUGUUUUGGCAUGCCCACGUCUCGUGGCUAAGAUCGACCCUUUAUGGACCCUUCAUCAUCCUUCCCAAGAAAAAUGUCUCUUACCCCUUCCCCAAACCCUACAAGGAAGUCCCCAUCGUUUUUGGAGAGUGGUGGAAUGCAGACACUGAAGCAGUGGUCACGCAGGCUCUGCAGUCGGGAGGAGGCCCUAAUGUCUCCGAUGCUUACACCAUCAAUGGACUCCCGGGGCCCUUGUACAACUGCUCUACCAAAGAUACGUUCAAGCUGAAAGUGAGACCAGGGAGGACUUACCUCCUCCGCAUGAUCAAUGCUUUAGUCGACGAAGAGCUCUUCUUCAGCAUCGCCAACCACACCCUCACCGUCGUUGAAGCUGACGCCGUCUACGUGAAGCCUUUUCACACCGAUAGACUCCUCAUCGCCCCCGGACAGACAACUAAUGUCCUCCUCAAGGCCAAACCCUUCUUCCCUAAUGCCACAUUCCUUAUCGCUGCUAGGCCAUACUUCACUGGCUUAGGCACCUUCGACAAUUCCACCGUUGCCGGAAUCCUUGAAUACGAUGAUGAGCAACCAUCCAAUUCAACCGUUUCCGCCAUUAACAGGAAGAAGAAGAAGCAGAAGCUUCCUCUCUUCCGACCAACCCUCCCUCCCAUCAACGAUACUUCUUUUGUGGCUAAUUUCUCUAGUAGAUUCCGCAGUUUGGCCACUACCCAGUUCCCUGCAAACGUCCCUCAGACCGUUGACAAGCGUUUCUUCUUCACAGUAGGACUGGGGACGAGCCCAUGCCCGAAAAAUCAGACCUGCCAAGGGCCCAAUAAUAGCACCAAGUUCUCGGCUUCCAUCAACAAUAAUUCUUUUGCGCUGCCCAGCACAGCCAUCCUUCAGGCUCAUUACUUUGGGCAGGAGAAGGGGGUCUAUACCACUGAUUUUCCGGCGAACCCACCCUUUCCCUUCAACUAUACGGGCACUCCACCGAACAACACAGUGGUAAGUAACGGUACCAAGGUUGUGGUGCUUCCCUUCAACACCAGUGUGGAGCUAGUGUUGCAGGGUACUAGCAUUCUUGGUGCGGAGAGCCAUCCCCUCCACCUUCACGGUUUCAACUUCUUUGUCGUCGGCCAAGGCUCCGGCAACUAUGAUCCUAAUAAGGAUCCACCCAAUUUCAAUCUAGUGGAUCCUGUUGAGAGGAACACCAUCGGCGUGCCAUCCGGCGGUUGGGUCGCCAUUCGCUUCCUGGCAGACAAUCCAGGGGCAUGGUUUAUGCAUUGCCACUUUGAAAUCCACCUAAGCUGGGGCUUGAAGAUGGUGUGGAUCGUGUUAGAUGGCGAACUUCCAAAUCAGAAGUUACCACCUCCACCUUCGGACCUUCCCAAGUGUUGAUUUUGAUGACCAUGUACUUGAAUUCUGCUCGCAUGCCUCGUUGGAGUGUUUCUGUGAUAUUUUUUUGCUUUGUGGUUGGUAGUUUAGAGGUUUUCUCUUAACCCUCCAUGUCCACAUCACCAUUAAUCUGAUCUUGGAUUGGAGAAUAACAGUUGAAAAGUCGAAGUGAAAAAAAAAAUAAAAUGACAAACUUGUAAUUGUGAUGCCCAUUUCAUUGCCAAAUUGAGUUUUCUUCUGUCA